AUGAAAUAUAAAGAAGAGCCUAGCGGCCUAGGUAGCAGAGAUGAAAUAGCCCCCUUCUUUGACCUGAAAAGAAGAAAGGAAAAGGAAAAAAGACACACACGUAGAGAGACACACAGUCACACACAUACAUGUCGGGGAUAUCAGACGAAACCAGAAGAAAAAGAAGAACAAAAGCAAAAAAACCCCGGCCAUCAAACACCGCCACCCCGGCCCAGAAGAAACAGCAAUGGGGCAUAA